UACCCGGGGAGAAGGUGUGACCUAUGCCAUGCCAUCCAUUGGGUCAUGCGCAGUUGCGAGGGUGAAUGGUUCCGCUGCUCUUUACCGCCUACUUCGGCAGUUCACCCCAGCAGGGUCUUCGAAUUCGAACGAUAGUUGGAUGGAAGACCAGGAGAAGCGGGAAUUGGCCUGCAAAGAGGCUGGCAGACGGAUGCGGCCUCAGCUUCCUGUGGAUUAUUUGGUGGUAAGGGAGAGGGCCGGUAGUGCAGUAAGUAGUUUACCUGAUUUCCUGAAAUCAGUAUGAGUUUUGAAAGCUUUGAGCAACAACACUAACUUGGGGGGCUGGCGCAAUGGUAGCGCGUACGACUCCAG